AUGGCCGACCAUUCUCCUAAUAUCUGGACGAGUCCUUUCAGUCUUCCAUCGACGACGAUCAAAAACACACAGAGGAAUAGGCGCAGUUGGAUCUGGCUUGCUCCAUCAUCGAUGUGGUCUUUCACGACGCGUUUAACCAUUCUAAUGUCAGAAAAGCUAUACAAUCAAUACCCUCACAAUGCACCCACACUGGUACAAAAGGAAGUGUAUCCUCUCAAAUGGGAUUCUUGUGCAUCCAAAGACGCACCGGAUAUCAGUGGUCUGCCAUCACUCGACUAUGCCACUUAUUUAUUUGAUACAGUCAAGUUUCACCUUGGUCAGAGCUAUCGUUUCUUUGAUGAAGAUUCGUUCGCCCAUAAAUUGAUAGAAUUUUAUAACGGCGAGCCAGCUGCUAUGGCCCGGGAAGAUCGUCUCUGGUUUAUCCAGUUUCUUUUGGUCAUAUCCUUUGGUACAUCAUUUUUAUGUCGAUCAAGGACGGACUCGGAUCAGCCACCGGGGUCAAAGUUCUUUAUCCGGGCUAUGUCGCUAAUGCCGUGCCAUGCAUCCCUGUGGAAGGAUAGCCUGAUGGCGAUUGAGGCGUUAGCCUUGGCUGCAUUAUAUCUUUACUCGGUUGACAAGCGAGAGUCAGCAUACAUCUAUCUCGGUCAAGCAAUAAGAAUUGCUCAGUUCGAAGGCCUACAUACACAACUAUCCGAGGAACAACUGGGAGUGAAGACGGUUUCCAGAUGUCGGAACCUUUGGUGGACUUUGUAUAUUAUGGAUCGACAUUUCUCCUGCUCUGGUGGCCUUCCAAUGACUACUCAAGAUAGUGAUAUCUCAGUUUCGAUGGAUCCACCGGCCACAUUGUCUCACCGGGACGUUGCGCUGAGUCUUCAGGCAAGAUUAUCGCAACUGCUGUCAUUCAUCUUACAAACUGUUUACAAGACGGAGAAGACACAACUCAACGCAUUUCUGGAUACAACAAGGUCUAUUCUUAGGACUCUGGCAGGACAUGCCCAGGAAGUCGAAAAGAUUAUUCAUGUCAGGUUUCGAAACUCUGUCGAUACACUGCCAAGAGGUACAAGGCACACCACUUUGCUUUAUCACCAAUGUGUAAUUGUGGCGACGCGCCCGCUCCUCCUCUCGGCCCUGAAAGAGAGACUCGAGAAUCUUGACACCGAAAAGGAAGACUGGCAGCGCUUUCUCUAUCUUACCAAAACUCUCAUCUGCAUAGGAAUUAAAUCGGCCACUAAAUCGCUACAAAUAUUGUCUAACAGUGACAGUCUGCUGGAGGUCUUUCUCCUCUACGAUCUAGAAUUUACAUACGGCGCAGCCAUACAUCUCGCAAUGGCCAACGCUCUCUUCCCUCAAGAAUUCGACGGAAAGGCACUGAGCGAAAAAGCGCAUGGAAUUCUAAAUGGCAUGAUCUCCAACGGAAACCGCGUAGCAGAGGUGCGCAGGGAUGAGCUCGUUUACCUCGAAUCCUUAUUCCAGGAGCUCUCUUUGCGGGCGGAAUCCUGUGGGCUUCAACCUCUGACCCUGUGCACUCCGUAUGGCCCCGAGGGGCCUAUGAGCCUGGUCAAUCCGGUGCAACAGUGGCAAGAACAUAUCGAUGAAUCGGGGAUAUUGACUCUUCCUACGACCCCUGGGUACCCACAGUCUCCUGAAAUUACUAACAUGCAGGUGCCUAGUGUGGAGUUUCUUGACAGUAUCGGAAUUUCCUCCGCUGAAUUCUUUGGCAUCGUGGAUCAGAUCGGUGAUACGGGUAUGCCAUAUGGUAUUUUGGAUGACGGGAGCAAUGAGAGUAGUAUGUGA